AUGGAAUUCUCUGCUGAACAGCUGGCGAAAUGGGUUGCAGAGAGCACUGAUGUUCAUGUAGGUAGUUUUUAUGUUAUUUUUUUUAGGUUAUUUGGAUUGGAAAUGCUUGUUUUAUUUGACUGUUUCUAAAUGUGAAAUCUAUGAAAAUUCGUAUUACAUUUACUAUUUAAAGUGUCAUUAAAGUCUAUUGCAAAAAAAUUUUGACAAAAAUAUUUCUUAAACCAGAGAUUUCUUCGUUGUCAGCACUUAAAAUGUAACUGUAAUAUCGUUCAAAGAUACGGUAUUUCCCCGGCAUCUAUUGUCACUAUGAUCACUUCAGACCCCUGGCUACUUUGUUCAUAGCCAACUAAGGGAAAAGAGAACCAAAAAAAAAAAACGUAACAUAUAAUGUUGCGACUCAAAAUUGAAUUCAGGUUAAAAGGUUGGUUCUCUGAAUAAUUAGGGCUAGAGAAUCAACAUAUAUAAGUUAGAAAAAUUUUAACCUGAAUAUAAUUUUGACCUGUAAACAAGUAUAAAAGCAACUAUAAGUCUCAGUGACAGCCCUGUCUGUUGAUUAGUCGUUGCUGGCUCCCGUUGUCUGUUUCAGGGGGUAAUCAACCACAUUGAACUGUGGGCAGCAAUAAUUAUUGAUCAUCUGUAUUCCGUGUAUUCCUCCCAUGCCGUUACUGUCUUGAUAAAUUAGUUCUAGUGAUCACAAAAUUGGCAGAAAUUUUGGGUGCAGGUCCAUGAGAUUAGAAGAGGGAUGAUAGGUAAUUUUGUUUGCCCCAUUGAAAUGCUGUCAACUAUUCAAAGCAAUCCUUCAGCUGAGAAAUGCUGGUCCAAACUGACAAAUACAAAAAGCACCAUAUUGUCUGUAAAAUUAAAUGAGAUGUCAAUAUUAUGGUUGAUUUGUUUGUCCCUCUGUGGCAGAUUGGAGAAGUUAGAGUUGUCUUUGUUGCUAUAAUAAACAACAAAAUGAUUCUUGAUGUUUCCCUGAGCUUUCCCUCUGGAAAGAUCAAGCCAUACAUGUAAAACCUCUUGGCAAAACAAAAUUGUUUCCUUCCUGACCGGGCAUUACUGUGCUUUUCAAGAACACAUGAACUCUAAAGUUUAAAAGCCGCUUUUUUUGCUGCUUUCAAUCAUGAUAACGAUCACAAGCAACGUACCUUGAAACACAGAAACACAAAAAAACGGAUCGAAAUCCACCAAUCACAGAUCACAAACCAUGACCUUUUGAACCUGUUUAAGUAAAGUUCUGUUUUCUGAGAGGUCCGCUAAGAUGAUUGACGGCAGCAAACAACGCAAAUUAACAAUUAGUUCAUGCGUCAGCGUGCGUAUGUCGAGAUAUUGAGCACGCGGGAAGUUUGGAGAGCACGAAAUGCGCCUCGUGUAACUCUAGCUAGCCUCUUGAGUGCUCUCCAAACUUCCCAAGAGCUCAAUAUCCCGACAUACGCACAGCUGCAGCAUGAACUAAUUGUUUUAUAACAUUAUCAAAGCGAUCAAUUUAAAAUUUUAUUAUUGUAGGGCGCGCUCAAAGCAGUACGCGUCAAUGUUUACGUGACUAUGGUUUUUUUGCUCACAGUUAAGCUUAUGUUUUUAUCCUGAAACUGAGAGAAAGUCUACUCUAAAAUGGUUGUAAAAUCCAUAUUUAGGUGCCAGAAAACUAUUAAUUCACCGAAAAACUGUUAUUGAGAGAAAACAACUUUGCAAAGAAUGAGCUCACGCUAUAGUCCGCACAGCUCGCGGAGAUGACAACAACAACAACAACACUCACAUCUUUUCCUUAAUAUAUAGAUUUAGCCAGAGCUAAAAGCGAAGCUCCCGUUAAUAAAUUCAUAAUUUGAAUCAAACAAUAAACUUGCAAUUGUAAUCCACAGAUCAGGGCACAUUAAUUUGACUUUUGAGGCAAAGGCUGAGUGAUUUUAGAGAAAAAUCAGAAUUUGACCGUCCAAGAGUGAAACAAAUUUUACAUCGAGUUAUUAAAUAGUCUUAUUUGUACACCGAGAAAUAGCAAUCAUGUUCGAUCACAGUAGAUUAGGCCUGGAAAACAAAUAGACCUAUAUAUUGGUGUAUUGUAUUUGCAUUAGCUGUUGCAUCAUAAUGUGGCAUUCACCAGUCUCACCAACAUUGCUCCGUUAGAGAGACUAUGGAUAAUUGGAUAGCCCCGAAUUAUAAUUUUAAGAAACACACGCGCCACGAUAGUCCUUGGUGGCAGCCAAUUUACACGUUGCAUUCCUCUGUCUAAAAGAGAGGCCAAAAUAAAAAAAUCUGGCCGGAUUUUUUGUGUUCGACAAGUUUAGUUUACUAGUAAAUCUUGGCGACGAAUCUGGUGGCGUGUAAACCAGCCUUUUAAACAUACUUUUUCUCAUCACGUUUCAGGUAAACAGUACUAUGAGGCCCUUUUUUUAUCAUACAGACCUCGGACAGAAUUUGUUUUUUUUGCUCUAUUUAAACCUAUAAUUCUGCAGUUUUUCACAAUUUGGCAAGAGAAUUUGCACUCAUUCAAUAUCCACGACGAUCAAAGCACGCGCCGUUCGUUUGCACAACAAAUUAUAGCAUUGAAUUGUAAAACGUUUUCAUGAAAAGAAUUCUACAAUGCCGGGACUUUUCAGUUAGAAAAAUCUGGUCCUAGAUAUGCAGGGUAAUAAUUAUGGGCUUUUAAUGAAAACUAUAAAAAAAAAUUCCCAAAAUCACUUUUCGGCCAGCCGGAUGGGUUCUCACUUUUGACAGGCACCAAAUUUGCAGUGCGAUUAAUAGAGUUACCAUUCACGCUUCAACAUGAUAGAGAAAUUGUUAUGUUUAGGUUUUACUUCCCUUUAUUCAUUAAACUGUGCAUGAUUCUUUUAUGUGUAAUCUUUAAAAGCGAGUGAUAUUUACGCGCGGCGUUUUGAGUAUUCUUGCAUGCGAUGUUUAUGUUCGACUGGAAAUUAAAAAAAAAAGCGGUGCAGCGAUAAAAAUUGCGAGAGGGACUACUAACAAUCAAUAAAAUAAAUUUAAUUCGGUGAAACAUGUACAGAGACAAUAAUUUUCAUUCACAAAGAGAAGUAUUGAGCGUAAAGUGUCUCAGAAAAUCAUGAGUCAGGUAAGCAUAAGCUUAUUUAUGUUUUAAGCCGGCUUCCCGGUGUUUUCUCUUUUUCAAGAUGAACUCGCGGCAAGAAAAUCGCUCAGAGCUUUCUGUUUACUGCCAAAAUCAUAACUAAAUAAUCUUCGGAACCUUUUCUUUGAUUUGCGGGUCAAAAAGUGUCUAAAGGCUUUUUAAACCUGAUACUAUUGUAGGUUAGAUCAUUGCUCGUGUAUAAACUUAAGCCGCAUAAACCAUACGCUCGACUUCAGGAAACCGAAAAAAAAAACACAUCAAAGACAAUAAUUGCUCAGGCUUACCAGUCGAGAUGCUGCUUCUGAAGGUCAUCAAGUGUUCCAGAAUCGCUUGAGACUUUUCAACCCUCUUACGCCUCAAGCAAGGGCAAGUGAGUAAGCUCAUUUUUGAAAACGAUGCCAUCCGAAAUCGGAUUUCCAGUGACUUUGACAAACGGUGCAUUUGUCAACAAAAAGCGCAAUAAGCAAACCAACCAGGAAUUACCAAACAAUGUUGAUAGCAGCUGUAUUUUGUACACCAAGUAGAAAAAGACAGUUUAAAACAUCACAAGAUGACACAAAACUCGGUCAGCUCCAGCUAUCAGUAAGCAAGUUUCCAGACGCUGCAUAGAUUUUCCCCAUAAACUCACCUUGACCAAUCAGAACAUAAAAAUUGGAAGUAGAGCGUGAUGAACACGUGACAGUGAGAAAAGUCAAAAGCGAUUGCCUUCCCUGCAUGUAAAUGUAAAAGCCGGUUGAAUUUUCGUGUCCGACGUCAGUUCGAAAUCAAAAUUUUAAAAGUGCGGCUCAUGAACACGACUUAUUUCAUAUGCAUUUUAAAAAAAUUGAACUUGAGCCUGCGAUCAUUUGAAAAGUAGCAACUUGUCAGCGGAUACCUUCAAAAAAUUACUCGAACUCAGAGGGUCUAUACCUGAGCCCCUGAUACGGUCAGGCGAUACUGGUCAGCAGAAACAUUGGUAUGCCUGUGGUGCGGACAGACGGAAGGUCGGGUGAUCGGUGUACGGUCACGUGAUUACCGAAUUUUCUAGGAUGAACAGAUUUUCUAUAAAGCUAUGGGGCUUCGAAUUGAGCUUGUGAUCAAAUAAAAUAUAUGCGCAAAACUUUAAACACCACGUGACCUCAAUGGAUAGAAAAAUGAGCCCGCGAUCCACUCAGGUGAUGAUGGUCAGCGUAUACUCUAGUUUGACAGGUGUCAAUUAACCUUCACUAGAAUGGCGAAUAUUCGAAUUAACAGACUACGAGUGUGAGUAGGACAUAUCCGUCCGGCAUGUAGUGGAAAAUUCCAGAUCGUGUACCUGAGAGAACCUGAGCCCACGUUACUAGUUUUCUGAUUGUGGUCUGCACGUGUCCCAUUUUGACAGCUGUCAAUUGACCUUAAUUUGGCUUGCCAAUGUAACUUUAAACGACUGUCAGUCAACUGACAGCCUUGCCCAGCGUAGUUUCGUUUUUAUGUUGAAUUGGUAAGUGUGACAUAUUAUAUCAGCUUAUAUAUAGGGGCAAAACGACUUGUCUUUUAUCUGAGCCCGCGAGAUGGUCAUGUGAUAAUUGUCAGCGGAUGUCUGAUUUUGACAGCUGUCAAUCUAAUCGUACUCAUACGGAUGGCUUACAUAACUAAGAGGCUAGUCAAGUUGUGCAAGAUCUAUUGUGACAUUUAACAUCGGCUUACAUGAAGUGUGUGUACGGGUGGGCGUACUCUACGUCAUAACCAAAUUUUCUCGGAUGGAUAGUUUACCAAAUUUUCUUACCCAUGGUGCUCCGCUGCGCGCGCGCUUCGCGCGCGCGGGAGCUCCGCUACUAUCGGUUAGCAAAUUCAAACGUUUCCUCUUAAAUUUCCUUAUAAAACACAUGGUAAACGCUUCAUCGUGUACUGCUGAGAUAUGUUUGCACUCAGGAGACUCAGGAUUGCUAAGCUCACAUUAACAACUCGAGGAAUUGCGAAUAGUUUAUUGACGUCAUCAGCGUGCUCAAUAGGAAUAUGAAGCACGCUCGCGCUAUUGAAUUUGAUUAGGCGAAUUUUCUAGCUAUGUUAUAACAUCAGUUUGCUUUUGAACUUGAGAGUUCGCGUGUUUUUGAAAAGUGCAGUAAGUAUAUCUAUUAUUAUCUUUUCAGUUUAUAGUUUUUGCCAUGACUUCGAUUCUGGCCAGAUGUGGAAUCACAUCCGAGGGUCUCCUAGCUAUUACGCUCAUCGAAAUCCACAAACUGGACAAGUGGUGACUUGGUAUCACUGACAAAUCAGAGCCCUGGGUAAAUGGAAUUGCAGCAGCAGCAUACAAGUUGUCAUGCAUGUAACCACAUGUAACUACAGUACUUUGUGGCACUUUUAGACAGCUUGGGCCAUGAAGGGCCACGUGGUGUUUGUAAAAUACUUGUAUCCCGAACAGAUAAGCUGUAAAAAAAUUGGCCUAUUUCUAUUGAAGGAUGGGUCUAGUGGCACAUAAUCACUGAAAACGAGCCUUUACCCCUCCUCCCCGCCCCUUACACACACUCUCCACCCAUGUUUGACUCUAGAUUAAAAACUGAUUAGUGAAAGCUCAUCAUGCAGGAAGCAGCACUAAGUUCGGAGAAGUUAACCUUAAUUGCAGUUUAUCCUCUUGAGAACUACAGAUUUUAAGUUGUUUUAACUCUUUCAUACUUGGGGUGCUGUACGCACUAUUUAUUUAUCGGUCCUAUUUGCACCCUAACUGUUAUAGCUACGCAACUCUUUAAUUUUUUUUGUACAUAUAAUUUUCCACAGUUAUAUUUUCGUGGUAUUUUUCUAUUUUUUUAUUGUUUAAUUGUUGUACAUGUGCCUUGAAGUGGGAAAUGUAUUUGCCAGUCUGACUCAUAGCAAUUUUAUUAUUUUACAGUUACUUUUAUUUAUUCAUUUGUCAGUCAUGGGUGAAGACGUUAUUCUCUUCGCCUCUAGGGGUACAAAUGUACCUCUCUUUUACAGUGGAAGCAAAAACAAAAAUCCCAAACAUAAUUUUUCCAUAUGUUACUUUAGGAAAAAUUUAGUAUAUCUUAACAAUUUUGUGAUGUGUACAAUACCAUCUGUGUGUUUAUCGUUUUGCUCUCUUUUUUUCAGAGUUACAUCCAUGGAAGUAGCCAGGCUCAGUUUGCCGCUGAAACACACAUUGUCAUUGUUCUUAGUAUCCUUUUACUUUUUACUGGUUAAUAAUAGUUAUUCAAAGUAAACUUUUUCUUUAUUAUAUUAUUAUUGCAUGGUUAUUGUAGAUUAGUGAAGUACUUUGGGCUUUGUCAGGUGUUAAUGGGAAGGAACGUGUCAUGAAGAUAAGCUAAUGUAUUUAAUGUUGCAGAGGUAGGGUUUUUAGUGAUUGCUCAUCUUCCAAGCCACAGGCUCAUGUUCAAUAAGCUAAACAAGCUAGUAUAAUACAAAACAUAAUAUUGAGUAUACACAAUCUAAAAGACCUAACUUUUAAGUACAGCAUUCUUUAAAAGAGCAAACUUAAAAAUAACGUAAGUAACAACGUCUCUACAAUAUCAUAAAUCGAAGCCCGAAGAACAUUUGGAUGGUAGACUAUUUAUGCCUUGACUGUUGUCAAAGAUGCUCUUUAUGUUGCUGGCAUGAUUCUUUUGAAUGAGAAGGCUAUUGAAGUCAAGGAAAUUGGAAAACUUAGAUGUAUGUAUCAGUGUUUGUUUGUUUGUUUGUUUUUUUUUCCAAUACUUUGUGUUUUCCUAGAAUAUGAAGCCUAUUUUUAUAACUAGUUAAAGCUUUUUUUGAAAUCGUGCCUUUGUAAACAGAAAAACGUUGAAGGAUCGCUGCAACAAAAAUUGUGUCAAAAUGAAAUCUGCUUAUUACUGUGACAGCGGUACUGCAACUUGGACACUAAGCAUCUUUUAUUGUUAAAAAUUUGGCUUCUCCUAUUAUAUAAACUGUUUGAAAAACAAAAAAAGAAAUAGAAAACUUUUGAAAAGGUAAAAACUGUGGUCAAGCCAAGAAAACACACAGACUGUAUACAUUUCAGUGUUAAUUGUUAACCCCAUUACGGAAUGAGUUUUUUGAAUUUUUGAAAAGAUAUGGAUUAAUUUAAUGUGCUGUUUAUUUAACACUGUCGAGGUCACAGAUAACGUAGGAAAAUUCUGGAAUGUAAAUAAACUUUAAAUAGGAUUCAAUUGCCAUCAACUCGCGUAAAAGUCUGUGUUUCGACCGAGAAUUUUAAAUAUAGACACUGUUGAUAAAUUAUGGCUUAAAAACUUUUUUAUUGUGAACUUUCUUCCCGAAAAAAUUGUUCAGUCUUUAUGGUUAGGUUGAUGACUUCGGUUUUUGUCUGUUUCAUGCCUAUCCACUUAAAGUGUGUUUCCUUGUGUUUCAGUUGUAGUCAUGGUCGGGCUUGGCCUUGUAGUACUGUUCUUCAGCUUGUUGCUGUCUGUGUUUCGUUCCAAGUACCAUGGAUAUCCAUACAGGUAAACAUACUCUAAGAAAAAACAGAAUUGAAUUUGAAAUUUAAAACAAAAAAAUGAGAAGAGGUUUUUAUCUUGUGCUCUUAUGCCCAUAAACUUGCUUUUGGUUCUAGUCUCAAAGAGAGUUUUUGGAUACACUCAGUUCUAACAGCAGUUCAAAACUUGAAAAGCUCGUGGUGACAAAGCCGGUAAAUAAGUUGGUGGUGAUGGUGAUGAUGGUGAUGGUGCUAGUUGUGAAUGUGAUGGUUAAGAUGGUUAUUGCUGUUGUGGUGGUGAUGGUAAAGGUAGUGGUGGUGAUGUUGGUGGUGGUGAUGGUGGUGGUAUUGGUGGCGUUGGUGUUGGUGUUCGUGGUGAUGGUGAUGGUUUUGGUGGUGGUGUUGGCAAUGACGUUGGUGACGUUGGUGUUGAUGGUGGUGGCGUUGUUGUUGGUGGAGUUUCUUGGUGGUGAUGGUGUUGGCGAUGGUGUUGGUGGUGGCAUUGGUGAUGGUGGUGGUGUUCGUGUUGGUGGUGAUUGUGGUUGUUUUGGUGGUGAUGGCGAUGGUGUUGGUGGUGGCGUUGGUGUUCGUGGUAAUGGUGAUGGUAGUGGUUCUGGUGGUGAUAGUGUUUGUGGUGAUGGUGGUGUUGGUGUUAUUGGUGAAGGUAGUAGUGGUGGUGGUGGUGCUUACGGUGUUGGUAGUUGUCCUGUUAGCAUU